AUGUCAAGGCAAAGAUCAAUACUGGACUUUCAUUUUACCAAAAAAAAGGAUGCGCAUGUUUAUCAGAGAAAUGAUAAUAUGAUAACCAAGAAAAAUGAAGAUGUUAAAUCUGAGAUUCAGGUCAAGUUUGAAUCGGAGGAGUUUGUCCAUAGUAAGCUUGAUAUAAUAUGCCCUAUUUGUAGCAUCAACAUGUCUGGAAUUGAUAUCACUGAUCGAAUAACACACGCAAACCAAUGUAUAGAUACCUCAAACAUAAUUAUACCCGGAAAACAAGAGUCUGGUGAUGUAUCCGCUGCAUCCAAGAGGAUGCGUGUGACCAAAUCGACAGAAGUGAAAAUAGAGACUGACAAUACAAAAAAUGAUGGUAAACCAAGAAAAAAACGAACUGCUAAACCUAAACCAGAUAUUCCCCUUGUUAAAAUAUUACGAUUUCCCGAUUCAAAUGAGAUAAUUGCCGUCGAUGCCUUUUGUUAUGCACCUAGGGACGAUAUAUCAGUGUAUUUGCUAACACAUUUUCAUUCUGAUCAUUAUGGAGGGCUUUGUAAAUCAUGGAAUAAUGGCAGUUUGAUAAUAUGUACCCCAAUAACAGCAAGAUUGGUACAGCAUAAGUUUAAGUUCCCUAUUGAAAAAAUGUUUGUUGUUCCGGAAUACGGGAAGGAAUACACCAUUCCUAAACUGAAGGAUAUAAAAGUGUCGGUGUUUGAUGCUAAUCAUUGUCCUGGUGCAGGAAUAUUUGUGUUAAAGACAAAAUCAUUCAAAUAUUUGCAUUGCGGAGAUUUUCGUGCCAAUAUGAAAAUGGUUGAAGAAUUGAAGAAUAUAUACCCUAGCGGCUUUGAUCGAUGUUACUUGGAUACCACCUACUUCAAUCCGAAGUACAGUUUUCCUGAUCAAAGCGAUGUGAUAAGAUACACUAGUGAUUGGAUUAAAAGUAAGUGUAAAUCACAUAAGAGCCAACAACAACGAAUUGUUGAUUUUUUCAGAAAGAAGGAUAUCCAUGAAGUUAAGGAAUUUUUAGUAGUCAUUGGAACAUAUUCUAUAGGAAAGGAACGUGUUGCAUUAGGAAUUGCGAAAGGGUUAAAUACCAAGGUUUAUUGUAGCAAAGAAAAGUAUGCAAUGAUGAAACUAUUUGAAUGGAAUGAGCUAGAAGAUAUUUUAGAGUGUGACGAAAACAAGGCCGUUGAGUGUGGUGUGCAUUUAUUACCAAUGCAGAAGUUGAGGAAAGACUUGAUGAAGGAAUAUCUCAAGAAGUACAGUUCUGCCUACAGAUCGAUUCUUGUUGUUCAGCCAACUGGUUGGACCUACGGUUAUACUGUUUCGCCCGAUUCUGAUCCACAUACUGAGGAGGCAACGUACAAAAGGUACGACACAGGUUUCAAUAACGUGAAGAGAGAUGAAAUUCGUGAUGGUGUUGUUCCUUAUAGACGUAUACCAGUAGCCUACAGCGAACACUCUUCCUAUGCAGAAUUGGUCAUGUUUAUCCGUACUUUGCCCGUAAAGAAGUGGAUACCCACAGUGAAUAUGCAAACGGUCUGCAGUGAGGAUCUUCAUCAAGUUCUUGAAGCAACCGAUGAUGCUGAAAGCUGUACUUAA